GAGGGUCCCACUUCCACAUCCAAAAACCUUGAUAAAGGGCCCUGAUUUUAGCGCGACUGCCCUCACACCCCGCCCUAAAUUUCAUGCGGGGCCCGCAAAAUUCCUCGGUCUCUCUCGCACGCAGAAUCUCCACGACGACAGCGCCUGCCACAAUCCUUCUAUUUCGUACUUUCUCUCUCCAAAACCCCCUCGCUUCUCUCUCUACACACACGGUACGAUCUCUUCUCCGAUUGAUCAAUGCCGAUACGCCUCAGGUGGGUUAAGGCUGGGUCUUAUUUAUGAAUGCGCGUUAUCUCCAAAUGGGUAGCAUUAUUUUUGUUGCUCAGAGGAACUUCUUUAGAUGCUGAAACAAGUUGUUAUUGCUUAUUAAUAAAGUAUGAGAGACAUCAGUAGCAACAAAAAAAAAGUAUUGGGAGACAUGUGUUGGUUCACUUUGUGAGUAAUGGCCGGAAGUGCAAGAUUUGAGUCAAGUUUGGGAAGUCCAGAGGACUUGGAUUUUGCAGGGAGCUAUCCAAAUGGGCAGAGGAGAAGUUACCCCAUUGCCAGUUUGGAUAGGUCGGGAAGCUUCCGUGAGAGUAGUGAGAGUCGGAUGUUUAGCUCUGGUGCUAGUACACCACGGGGCAGUUCUGCAUUGGUGGGAGAUUUGCCUCCAAUAACUCAGUAUUUGACGUUAGAUCCUAUUACAAUAGAAACUCAGAAAUAUACUCGGUUAGGGGAAUUGAGGAGGGCUUUGGGAAUAAUCUCUUUUGGGAGCAAUGCAGAAGACAAUUCAUUUGGGGCUGCUCAUUCGAAGCCUGCCCCUGCUGUGGCUAUAGAGGAACUCAAACGACUCAAAGCAACAGUGCUGGAUGCCUCUAAUAAGGCCAAUGGAAGGAAAAAUUUUUUCGAGGAAUCGGAGCUCAAAGUGAAUAAGUAUUUUGAAGUUUUAAACUUUAAGAAGCAACAACGGAAUGAGAUGAUGACAAGCGAGAGAUCAGGCGGGAUGAAUUUCUUGAAGAUAGGAACGCAGAGUUCUCGAAACCCUGCUGAACUCUUGAAUCAAAAAGUGGUGGACAGGACUAAGAAUGGCAUUCUGAGUAGGCGAGCCCGCUCAUCAGUUGCAGAAAUAAGGGCUGAAGGGCCGAGUAAUAGCCUUGCAAGGCGGCCAAUAAUCAUGGGAAAAGAUAGGGAUAUGCUUAGAGACUGCAGCGAAGGAUCUGAUAUUGUUGAUGAAAAGAUUCGAAGAUUGCCUGCUGGAGGGGAGACAUGGGACAAAAAAAUGAAAAGAAAACGCUCUGCCGUUCCUCUUGGCCGACCCUCAGAUGAUGGAGAGCCCAAACGAGCUAUGCAUCAUAAGCUUAGCAAUGAUCCGGGUUCAUCAUCUUGUGAUGCCCAAAUCUUUAGGUCAGGAUCCUCAAAUGGUACUAACAAGUUCGAUGGUGCUUCUCUGCCUGCCAGCUCAAAUGGCCGUACGUUUACUAAGAAUGAGCUGGAGAAGGUCUCUCUUUCAAGGGAUUCAAUUUCUUGCUUAAGCAAGGAACGACUCAAGGGAAACAAUAAGUUAAAUCUUCGCGAUGAUAAUCAAAUGCUUAGCCCUAACCCAUUGAUUAAAGGGAAGGCUUCAAGGGCACCACGAAGUGGCCCUUUGAUUGCUGGAAAUGUAUCCCCUAAUUUUCCCUGCCCAUCUGGAUCACUUGAGGGCUGGGAACAACCUGCAAGUGUGAGCAAAAUUUGUUCGGUAAAUGCGGCUAUUAAUCGCAACCGACCUAUGCCGACGGGAUCUUCAUCCCCUUCCAUGGCUCAAUGGGGUGGUCAAAGACCACAAAAAAUAUCUCGGACAAGAAGAACAACUAUAGUGUCUCCUGUCUCUAACCAUGAUGAAGUACAGAUAUCACCAGAAGGCUGUUCUCCUGAAUUGGGGACUAGAUUCACUACUUCUGGGACUAAUGGGUCCCUUGCCAGGGGCAUGUCUAAUGGUGCCCAACAAUUAAGAGUAAAACAUGAGAAUAUCUCAUCUCCAGCCAGAUUAUCUGAAAGUGACGAAUCGGGUGCAUGUGAAAAUCGUGACAGUAAGUUAAAGGAAAAAGGAGCAGGAAGUGGUGAAGUGGAUGACAGAGGUUCAAAUUCCUUUCUGAAUACAGUUCCUUCGACGUUGCAUACAAAGAAAAACAAAUUAACUAGCAAAGAAGAAACUGGAGAUAGUGUGCGGAGACAAGGAAGGAAUGGUAGGGGCUCAUCAUUUUCAAGGGUUAGCACUUCACCAGUUAAGGAAAAGUUGGAGAAUUUGGCCUCCGCAAAGCCACUUAAAAGUGCAAGGCUUGGUUCUGAAAGGAGUAGCAGUAAGACAGGUCGUCCUCCUCUGAAGAAAAUUUCAGAACGGAAAGGCAAUGCUCGUCUUGGACAUAUAAAUGCUAUUGGUUCUCCUGAUUUUGCAGGUGAUCCAGAUGAUGACCGUGAGGAACUUUUAGCAGCUGCAAAUUUUGCUUGUAAUGCCAGCUAUCUUGCCUGUUCGAGUCCAUUCUGGAAGCAAAUGCAAUCAAUAUUUGCCUCUGUCAGCUUAGAGGAGACUUCCUACUUAAAAGAGCAGCUGAAGUUUAUGGAGGAGAAUUAUGAGAGCUUAUGUCAGACGUUUGGCCUUGGCAGUGAUACUUUGAACAAUUGUGUUGAAGAAGAUCAAGUUUGGAAUCUGGAUUCUCUAGGUGGGAAAUUAGAUUCAGAAAGAAGGAAGAUAGUGCCUCCGCUUUACCAAAGAGUAUUAUCAGCUCUGAUCAUGGAAGAUGAAACUGAUGAAUUUGAAGAGGACAGCAGACGGAGAGUUAUGUGUUUCCAGUACAAUGGAGAAUAUUCUUCUGAUGCUGAUUUUGAGCGAAGGAACAUGGUUAGGGAUCCUCAGACUCUUCAGCAGUGUGCUGCCGAAGGAUUUUCUUGUAACGGUAAUGGUAACUUCACUAUGGGGCAAAGCAUCCAUAAUCAACUAUUCAGCAAUGAUUUUUUGAAAGGGGACCAUGGAGGUCCUCAUUUGGAUAAUGGGUUCACAGAGUUUUCUGAGAAUGGAAUUGAUGGACCGCUAUCUAUAUGCACAAAUGCUUCUGGAAUUUCGUCCUUUGACUGUGCAUAUGAGCAAAUGAGUAUGGAAGACAAGCUCUUGCUCGAGCUGCAAAGUGUUGGCCUAUAUCCAGAUAUAGUGCCCGAUCUAGCAGAUGGAGACGAUGAGGCAAUUAAUUCUGAUAUUCUUGGAUUGCAAAAGGGAUUCUUUGAACAGGUAAGUAAAACAAAGAUGCAGCUAAAAACAAUUGCUAAAGCAAUUGAAGAAGGAAAUGAAGUAGAAAAACGGGGCCUGGAGCAGGUUGCCAUGGAUAGACUUGUUGAAUUGGCUUACAAAAAGUUGCUGGCGACUCGAGGAAGUUUUGCUUCAAAACAUGGGGUUGCUAAGGUUCCAAAACAAGUUGCUACAACUUUUAUGAAGAGGACUCUUGCUAGAUGUCGGAAAUACGAAGAUUCUGGCAAAAGUUGCUUUAGUGAGCCUGCGCUUCGAGAUAUCAUCUACUCUGCACCUGCUCAUGGAAAUAAUCCAGAGUUGACAAGUUGCAUGGCCUCAGCUCCUGUUACUCAGAAUUCUUUACCAGACCCCAGAUUGUCAGGUUCAGUGGCUGAUUGGGCUGAGCGGUAUGAUCAUCAUAUUGAUAAAAUUGGGAAGAAUUCUCCUGAUGGGUUUGGAAAUCUCCGCCAUUCCUUCGACCAAGAUUUUGCCCAAACUGGACCAAUAAUGAACAGAGUGAAAAAGAGGGAACUGCUGCUUGAUGAUGUUGGUGGUUGCCCGCCCUUGAAAAAUGCAUCAAGUUUUGGUAAUAAUUUAUCAGGUGGAGCAAAGGGUAAGAGGAGCGAGAGAGAUCCAUCCGGCAGAAACUCGGUUGCCAAAGCUAGCAACCACAAGAGUGAACGUAAAACAAAAUCAAAGCCCAAGCAAAAGAUAGGCCAGCUAUCAACUUCAGGAAAUGUAUCUAUUACUACUGGUUCUGGUGAAAUUGUUGCAAGUGGUAGCAACAGAAAAAGAGAAGUGGGUUUGAUAUCCCAAGGGAACAACAAUCCGGAGAAUCAAUCCACAGAGACCAGGGAACCGCCCAUGGAUUUUCCAAACUUGCAAUUGCAUGAAUUAGAGUCCAUAGAAUUAGGUGUAGAGAAUGAGCUUGAUGGGAAUCAAGAUUUGAGUAGUUGGUUGAACAUCGAGGAGGAUGGUUUACCAGACCACGAUUCAAUCGGCCUUGACAUACCCAUGGAUGACCUUUCAGACUUGAAUAUGAUUAUAUGAAGUGGGUUUGAUAUCUCAAGGUAACAAAAAUCCGGAGAAUCAAUCCACAGAGAUCAGGGAACCACCCAUGGAUUUUCCAAACUUGCAAUUGCAUGAAUUAGAGUCCAUAGAAUUAGGUGUAGAGAAUGAGCUCAAGAUUUGAGUAGUUGGUGAGGAGGAUGGUUUACAAGACCACGAUUCAAUCGGCCUUGACAUACCCAUGGAUGACCUUUCAGACUUGAAUAUGAUUCUAUGAAAACAAUCAUACUGUAAAUUUUUCGUUAUUAUUUGACUUUUUCACAUAAAAUAGAUGUUGCUAUUGUCCGGGGACAACAUGAUGAUAUAAGUUAUGCCUCUGACAAUAGGCACUUGUAAUUAUGCCAUUCUUUUUGUAUACUCGUCAUCCGGGAAAAAAAAAAAAAAAAAAAAAAUCUCAAUGAUUCAUGUGAUCAGGUAUUGUUGGCUUCCAUUACAAGUCACAUUUUUUA